AUGAGUGGGAGUGAAAAAGAAAAGGAGGACUAUGCAGCCCUGAAGGACGAGGGGAACACCCUUUUCAAGGCAGGAGACAUGCAGGGCGCUGUCCGCUGUUACACCAAAGCAUUAAAGCUGAGUGACAGCAAAGCAGAGAGAGCUGUCCUGCACCGCAACCGCUCUGCCUGCUACCUGAAACAGGAGGAGUACAGCAAGGCAGAGAGUGAUGCCUCCAAAGCGCUCGAUACUGACCCAGGUGAUGUGAAAGCCAGGUUCAGGAGAGCUCAGGCUUUCCAGAAACUCGUUCGCCUUGAUCAAGCGUUUAUGGAUGCUCAGAGGUGUGCCCAGCUGGAACCCAAAAACAAAACCUUCCAGGAUUUGCUCAGACAGCUAGGAGCACAGAUUCAGCAGAAGUCGGUGCAACUGAACUCCACAGAUGCUCGUGUGCAGCAGAUGUUCUCCCUCCUCUUAGAUGCAUCUGCAAAUGACUCAGAUCGACAAAAGGCUGCUCAGAAUCUAGUGGUGUUAUCUCGAGAAGAUGCAGGAGCUGAGCAGAUCUUCCGGAACGAUGGAGUGAAGCUGAUCCAGAAACUUCUUCAUUCAAAUCAGGAGGAUGUGGUCCUUUCUGCCCUGAGGACUCUGGUUGGGUUGUGCACAGGGCAUCAGUCCAGAACAAUGGCUAUAGUGAAUGAGUUGGGAAUGGAGCAGCUGUGUGGAGUAAUGGGAUCAGGAGCCUCCACUGUGUCUCUGGCUGCCUGCCACCUGCUGCAGGUGAUGUUUGAGUCUCUGACAGAGGUCAUGAAAAGAGAGAUCCGAGGGAAGGACGAAGCCAUACUUGCUGAACCCUCCAAGGAGUUGCGCUCAAUGCUACGUCACCUCUUGGAAAUGAUGCCAGCAUCUAAUGUGUCGGGGACGGGCAGAGACAGCGCCAUCAACCUCAUGGUCAAACAAGUUCCUCGGAAGUCCUUGAAAAACCCAGAUAACUCCCUCACGUUGUGGGUGAUAGACCAGGGACUGAAGAAAAUUCUGGCAGUGGCUGGGACCGUCCCUGAGCUCUCAGAAGGACCACCUCUUACAGAAAACUCCCACAUGAGCUGCUCUGUCUUGCUAAGCAAACUCUACGAUGACCUAAAGAACGACACAGAGAGGGAGAACUUCAACAAGCUAUGUGAAGAAUAUGUGCAGCAAUAUUUUAACCAACCUGGUCUGGACGCUAAGCUGCGAGCCAUUCAGGCGGUUUCGGUGCUCCUCCAAGGGCCGAGCGAAGUGGGCAACAGAACUCUGGAGAUGUCGGGAAUGAUGGAUGCUGUCAUCGCUCUGUGUGCGUCCGAAGAUGUGACUCACCAGCAGGUCGCCGUGGAGACUGUGAUCCAUGCUGCAGGCAAAGCCAAGAGAGCCUCCUUCAUCACAGCCAACGGGGUGGCACUUCUGAAGGAUCUCUACAAGAAGAGCGAGAAUGACAGGAUCCGCGUGAGAGCCCUGGUGGGUUUGUGCAAGCUUGGAUCAGCUGGAGGGACAGACUUCAGCAUGAAGCAGUUUGCAGAGGGAUCCACGCUAAGGCUCGCCAAGCAGUGCAGGAAGUGGCUGUGUAAUGAGUCUUUGCCCACAACCUCCCGCCGCUGGUCUGUGGAAGGCCUCGCCUACCUCACUUUUGAUGCUGAUGUGAAGGAGGACUUGGUGGAAGACAAAAAUGCUCUCCAGGCCAUGUUUGAGCUAGCAAAGUCUGAGGAUAAGACGGUGCUGUUUGCUGUGGGCUCCACAUUAGUGAAUUGCACCAACAGCUAUGAAGUGGAGAAGCCAGACCCUCAGAUGGUGGAGCUGGCCAAGUAUGCAAAGCAGCACGUGCCCGAGGUGCAUCCCAAGGAUGCAACUUCCUAUGUGGAGAAAAGAUUGGGGAAGCUGCUGGAGGCCGGUGUGGUGUCUGCGUUGGUGUGUAUGGUCAAAAAAGAGAGCCCUGCCCUCACCGAGGCUUGUAGGGAAGGUAUCGCUAGGAUCUUCUUGGCUUUGGUAGAUCGCCAGGAGGACAGAGGCACAGUGGUGGCACAGGGUGGAGGAAAGGCUCUGAUCCCACUGGCAUCUGACAACACAGAUUUAGGUAAAAUCAAAGCAGCCCAAGCGCUGGCAAAAAUAACCAUCACAUCUAACCCAGAGAUUGCCUUCCCAGGAGAAAGGAUCAAUGAGAUGGUGCGCCCCCUUGUCAGUCUUCUGACUAUUGAAUGCACCCUGCUGCAGAACUUUGAGGCACUCAUGGCUCUCACCAACCUGGCUGGCAUCAACGAAAGACUCAGACAAAAGAUCAUAAAGGAGAAGGCAGUCGCAAAAAUUGAAGGCUACAUGUUUGAGGAGCACGACCUGGUCCGAGCUGCUGCCACAGAGUGCAUGUGUAAUCUGGUUUUAAGCACAGAGGUUCAGAAGCUGUAUUUAGCCACAGGGAACGAUCGCCUGAAGCUGCUGGUGCUCUACAGCGGGGAGGAUGAUGAGAGGCUACGAAAAGCUGCUGCAGGAACUCUGGCCAUGCUGACCUCUGAGCAGCCUGAGCUCUGCACCCGCAUCCCUGGAACAACGACACACUGGCUAGAGAUUUUACAGUCACUAUUGCUCUGUGAAAUAUCCGACCUGCGGCACCGUGGAGUGGUCAUAGUUCAGAACAUCAUGCAAGCGGACAAGAGUCUGGCUGAGACCAUCAUGGAGAGUGAAGCUCUGGAGAUUCUCUCUGUCCUGGCGAAAGGAGGAGAGGGCACGUCGAAACCCGUUUCUAAGGCAGCUCAGAACUGUUUGGACAUCGCCGUGGAGUACAGCAUCAUCAUGUCCAGGGAAGGCAGGGAAAAGGGAACUGAACCAUGAAAGAGUACAGUAUGUGGAUGUGCCACCAGGCAAUGUUGAAGUGCUGUGAGAAUUGUGUGGGACCAGCAAAGUCAUUUCACUUAUGCAGGAAACUUUUGGUCUGGGUGGGUACAAGCAAAUCCGGAAAUGCUCAUGUGUCUUAACUUAACACUGUCCCUAGCAAUAAAAAGAUGAAAAAAGAUAGUUGGUAAGGAAAGCAAGCAGAUGCAAACAGAAGUGUUGUACUGUUUCACAUUGCGUUGCUUUCACAUUGUAUUGUCUUAAUUAUACUGAAUGUUCUUGGACCACCACCAAAAGUGUAGGUUGGACCAAGUAUGCUCUAUACAAUCUUUACUAAAGAUUGCUAUUCCUUGAUAUUUCCAAAUGUUUUUAUUUCGAUAUUAUGAUUCCCAAAAAAACAUUAUCUUUAUCAUUAUGUGCACUUUUAUAUUUAGUGUGAAUUAAGUUUCAGCAUUCCCUCACAUUUUCUGAAGGAAAUGCAUUGAUUUUAUCAUAUUUGAACCUAAACACACUCAAAGUUAAACAUUUCCUUCACUGUCUUUCCUCUACAUUCACAAAUGUGCAUUUUGUUUUGAUUUAUAUUAUUGUGUAUUAUUAUCCACACCACAUUCCUUGUGCUUUAAUUGUAUGGUUUGUUUUCUAGUAAUGACUGAACACAAAAAAUAAAACAUGUAUGUGAA